GGGAAGAGCUUUAAAGAUGGAUGCUGAGGAAAUAAGAGUGUUGUUCACUGAUGGGGUUUAGUCAAUGAGAAUGAACUACUAUCCUCCAUGCCCUGAACCUGAAAUGGCCAUCGGUUUCACAUCUCAUUCAGAUGCAGAUGCCUUGACGAUUCUCUUCCUGCUUAACCAAAUAGAAGGCCUGCUAAUCCGAAAGGAUGGAAGAUGGAUUCCAAUUAAGCCGCUACCAAAUGCUUUUGUAGUCAACAUUGGAGACUUAAUGGAGAUUGUGAGCAAUGGAUUAUAUCGUAGCAUCGAGCAUCGAGCAAUGGUAAACUCAGCCAGGGAUAGGCUAUCUGUUGCAACAUUCUAUAGCUCCAUGCUAGACUCGGAAUUAGGUCCUGCACCAAGCAUUAUUGGCCCUAAUAACCCAGCAAUAUUCCGGCGAGUUCCUAUGGAGAAGUACUUUAAGGAAUUUUUUGCUAGGAAACUAAAUGGCAAGUCUUACCUUGAUUUCAUGAGAGUGGAAGGCGGGGAGCAAAUGUAUACUUGAACCCAGAGUUCAAAAAAGUUGCAUGGUGUAAUACUUCAUCAAUUUUGAAAGAACUUACCUUGAUGGGGUUAGCAUGUAUUUGUAGUACCAAAAUUUCUUUACUUCGUUGUAAGCAUUCGUUAAGAU